AUGCGCAUACUGUUCCAAAACGAACCGGUGUACGGAAACUACGAGGAUUCGGGUGUUGCGACCAGUGCCGAUGCACACUCGCUCGUGUUUGAUGAGCCAAUCACACCGCCGCCGGUCGGUGGAACGGCACCGGACGGUGCCUCCCACUCCAAGGGUAAAGGCGCGAAAGAGCGUGGAUCGCCCCUCGGCGAGUUGGAAGCAUUGGCAAAAGCACUCGCUAAAGCACAAGGCGCCAAUCUGGUGAAGCUCGCACCCGCUGGCAAUGAUGGCAAAUCGAAACGAAUUAGACGACGCACCAAGAAAUUGGAACACCCGGAACAGGACCAAAAGGAAACAGAAGAGGAAGACGAUGGCGAGGAGGUGGAUGUGGAGGGGGAGGAGGAAGAGGAUGCCGAUGAUGAUGAAGAGGUAGAUCCCGAACAGGGGGUGGUCGGUGACGGUGGUCAUUCGCCGACUCUGCCACAUCUGCUUCACCACCGGCACCAUCACCAUCUACCGCAUCAGCAGCGUGCGUCCAGCCGGAUGUCCAACACGAGCACCAGCACGAUCAAGCAACACUACUAUCCGGAAGGUGGCUGGGGCUGGAUUAUCGUGACGGUCGGCGUACUGGUGCACAUCUUGACGCACGGUCUACAGACGGCGUUUGGUGUGGUGAUUCUAGCGGCGGGACGUGCGUACCCCAGUGAAUCAGUCGUCUUCACAGGAUGGCUGGGCGCACUAUCGACCGCGGUAGCACUCUUCAUAUCACCCAUCACGAUCGCGGUAUGUAAACGCAAGUCCACACGGCUCACCGCCGUCAUCGGUGGGCUGGUAACUGCCCUGGGAUGCCUCUUCACAUCGUUCGCGUCGCAGUUUCAUCAGCUGUUCUUCAGCUACGGUGCGGUCGUGGGCGUUGGUGUUGGGAUGACGCGCGAUUGUUCCACCCUGAUGGUGGCCCAAUACUUCAAGAAGCGGCGCGAAUUCGUCGAGAUUUUUAUCGUGUCCGGUAGCGGGCUUGGGAUCGCCGUCAUGUCCAGCUUUAUUAAGUCGGCGAUCGAUGCGAUCGGAUGGCGAUUGGGAUUACAGGCCGUCACGGGCACGGUGUUUAUCACGUUCAUCCUCGGCACCUGUUACCGGUCCGCGUCGCUCUAUCAUCCGCAGCGGCGUGCGAUUCUGCAUCUAAAGAACCAGAAGCGCAAGAUAAAGGACAAAAACAAGCAUGACGAUCGACCGCCAUUUUUCGACUUUAGUACGUUGCGCAGCAAAACUGUCCGGAUACUGCUCGCAUCGACUGGAAUUGGUGCGUUCGGUAUCAACACACCGAUCUUCUAUCUGGCCCAUGAAGUCCAGAAGGAUGGCAUUGGUGAUAAGGUGAUGAUACUUCAGAUCUACCUUGGCCUUGCCUGGACACUCGGGUGCACCGCGUUCGGGUUGCUGGUCGUGCGGAACAGCGUCGAAUGCCGGAUCGCCCGCCAAUAUCUGUGCCAAACCGCCAUCUUUAUGUGUGGCGUUUGUAUACUGGCGCUGACGGCCGUCCACGGCAACUACCACGGAUACGUGAUGUUUGUCUGGAUCUACGGUAUCUUCUGUGGCGGUUACCACUACUCGCUCAAGAUGUACACGUACGAGAAGGUCCGGGCACGCAACUUUGCCCGUGCCUGGGGUUUCGUACAGUUUUCCCAAGCGAUACCGAUUGCGCUCGGUGUGCCCAUCUCCGGAUACAUGAACGAGAGUGGUUCCGGCACGGCUGGCUAUUACUUCAGCUCGGGCUGUGCCAUCGUUGGCAGUGUGCUCAUGUUUCUCAUCGAUCUGCACCGGCGUUCUGUGUCGCGUCACAAACACACAAGAGCGAACGGUACACGCCAUCUGUGCGUCUCGGAAACUUGUCCUCAACGCCGCAAACUCUCCUUCUCGCAAGAGCCCGACAAUGAACCGGGCAUCAUCACUGGCAACACGGCCAUGAUGAUCGGUCCGGAAUUGCUGAUACCGCCACUAAGCGAUGGCAUCGUGGAACCGAUCAACGGACUUGACAAGCCGGAGCUCACCUGUAUCUCCGAGGAGGGAAUCGCCGACAUGGACCUGCCGGACAACUUGCUGGAUGAUCUGGACUAUGUUGGUGAUUGUAUUACCUCGUGCAAUAAGGUGGAAAACUAUCUCAUGCUGAGCGAGUUCGAGAACAACCUCAGUGCCGAAGUUCCUAUCCUGCUAGACAAGCGGGGCCGCCGACUGUCACUCUCCAAAACGAAGGCACUACUCGGUGGACAUCUGGCUGGGGCCGGCGGUGGUACAGCUCUACCACCCGGAACCCACCAGCAACAUCAUCCCGAGUGUCCCAUUGAGCAGACCCUCGCCCAUACUGCCAAUCCGCUGCCGAGUGAUGCAAACGGUCUCUCCUUGCUUCAUCCACACCAGUCACACCAUCAUCCGCACCAUCACCAUCACCAUCAUCAUCAUCAUCAGCACCAGCCACCGGUAAACGGUGAUCUGGGCAAAAGUUUGUCCCCGGCCGUUACGAAAUCGGACGCAGCGCCCCAAAACACGAUCGGUGGUGGUGGUACCGGUGGUGGACGUGGUGGUGCCGACACCAACGCCAAACCGUCGGUAGCCGGCAACGGGAGUGGAAGCGGUAAUAGCAGCACGCCCAACACACUCCAGCCCCAGCAGCACUGCAGACUGAACAGCAAAUGGCGCCCGAGCCAGCAGGUCGGGUUUCUUAACAACCGCGUUAUAUCUGUGAUCGAUGAAGCCUCAGUAUAAGC